GGGCACUCCACAUAGCAGCUGGACUGGCAGCAAAGGCCGAUGCUCCGCAGGGAAAUCUCAUUGAACAAAAUGCCAGGAUUACUCUUCCCUUCUGCCGUACUCAAAGAAUCUGAUUUGAACAGCAUGGAGAAGACAGACAGAAAGAAAACAAAGAAUUUGGGUAAAGAUUUUAUAUGCCGACUUCAGUCCAUUUUUCCCAGCCCUGCACCUACUGCUGAUUCUUCAAAGUUGUCAAAACUUAACACAGAAGAAGCUCUGCUGUGGUCUCAGUCAUUGGAGAAGCUCCUGCAGUCUAAAUACGGUCUGCCCGUGUUUCAAACGUUCUUAAGGUCCGAGUUCAGCGAGGAGAACAUCGAGUUUUGGCUGACCUGUGAAGAUUUUAAGAAAAUCAAAUCCACAUCCAAGCAGGCAUCGAGAGCGAAGAAGAUUUAUGAGCAGUUCAUCCAAGCAGAGUCUCCUCGCGAGAUUAAUAUCGAUCAUCACACAAGAGAAGCAAUCCGACUCAACGUUCAAGAGCCCACCAUGUCGUGCUUCGAUGAAGCUCAGAAAAUCGUCUACGGUCUCAUGGAGCGGGACUCCUACCCAAGGUUCCUUAGAUCAGAAAUCUACCUGACCCUAUCGGGGAAGAUUCAGCCGAAUCAAGUCAAGGGAUGAAAGGGCCCUCUUGCAGACUAAUGAACUAAGCAAUCCAUCGCAGAUGGAAACCGGGAGGAUCUCGUUCUGAUCAGCCCUGCGAUCUGUGGAGCUCAACGAAAAGAUGGUGCAGAGGACGUGGAACAGCGCCAGAGUGGGGAUUGGAUUUGCUUGUGACAGAAAGAGACAGUAAGUGAAGGGUAAGAGCCAUGAUGGACCGUCAACCCUGUGGCUUAAAUGAUUGUGCCAAAAAGGAAGGGCCGAGUAAAAAGCAAGAGCAAAUCGCAAGUUCUGCUGGCUUAGGUGGAUUUGAUCUGGUGGAGCACAUAAAACAAGGUCACCUUAGAGACUCGCUUCACACUUUUAUGACCAUUUAUGAACAUACUGGAGUUCUGAUGACAGAUGAAGAGUUUGGAGAGCCGUGCUAAGACAGAUGACGGCUUUUGUAUUUCAUGUUACACCAGCUAGCUGCGCACAUCCCCUGUAUUUCACAAAACCAGUCUGGAAAAUCCCCAGUGACUACUGAGACACUUUCGUUUUCGAGGAGUACAAUGCAGUUUCUCUCUUCAUCCACACAAAAGGCAAAUGAAAAAUGGCUGGACUUAUGCAUUUUGAUACUAGUUAAGAGUGAAUAAGAAAGUCUAAUUUAUUUUUUUAAGAUUUUGUAAACUUUGAACUACAAGCCACUGUAAGCUAUGUUUUUAUACUGCUGUCGUCCAUGUUUCCAAAUAAUAAAAGGAUUAUUUAAUAUUA